GGGCAUUGCGGCUGUGGCUGUGCUGCUGCACGGAGCCCUCAGUGCUUGCAGCUGACACGUGCCUCUGGCAGCCAUGAAUCGGCUCGGCCUCCUCGUCCUGCUCACCGUGGCUGGACUGGCACACGGGAUAUGGAACAACUGUGGAGGGACCUGCGGCCUCCGUGGCGUGAUGUCUGACUACAGCCUCAUGAAUUAUUACUACGGCAACAUGGCUUAUGACUAUGGCUUGACACGUGUUGUGGGAGGCACAGAUGCCAAGCCAGGGGCCUGGCCUUGGAUCGUCAGCAUCCAGCACCCUUGGGUACCAGACCUGGGGCAUUUCUGUGGAGGGUCCCUCAUCAGCACACAGUGGGUCCUCACAGCAGCCCACUGCUUCGACGACUUUAAUAACAUCACCAUGAUGUAUGUGAUGAUUGGAGCCACUCAAUUGAGUCAGCCAGGCCCUGGGGCCGUAGUGCGCAAGGUCAAACAGGUGGUGUUACAUCCAUACUACAAUCCUGAUGACAUGAGUUAUGAUAUUGCCCUUCUGGAAUUGGACCAUCCUGUCCAGUGCAGCCCCUACAUCCAGCUGGUCUGUGUGCCCGACGCCACACUGAGAGUGUCAGAACUGCAAAACUGCUGGGUGGCUGGCUGGGGUUCCACUGCUGCAAGAGCUGAAGAUUCAAGUGAUCGCCUCCAGGAGGCCAAGGUCCAGCUCAUCGAUCUGCAGCUCUGCAACAGCAGUGGCUGGUAUGCAGGGGACGUCCACCGCCACAACUUGUGUGCUGGUUACCCACAGGGUAAAAUCGACACCUGCCAGGGUGACAGCGGUGGGCCUCUCAUGUGCCAGGACAUCAAUGCUGACUACUGGUGGGUCGUUGGAAUAACCAGCUGGGGAAGAGGCUGUGCCAGGGCAAAGCAGCCUGGAAUCUACACCUCCACUCGGCACUUCUAUGACUGGAUCCUGGCCAACACAGGAACAAACGCAGUUGGAAGGCAUUCUCUAACAUCAAAAGACAGGAGUCACACAUAUCAGAAUCCAUGGGCAACACGACCCCCUGCUCAGAAUCCAUGGGCAACACGACCCCCCGCUCAGAAUCCAUGGACAACACGACCUCCCACUCAGAAUCCAUGGACAACGCGACCUCCCACUCAGGCGAUAUGGACAACGCGACCUCCCACUCAGGCGAUAUGGACAACGCGACCUCCCACUCAGGCGAUAUGGACAACGCGACCUCCCACUCAGAAUCCGUGGACAACGCGACCUCCCACUCAGGCGAUAUGGACAACACGACCUCCCACUUACAAACCGUUGCCGACAUCAGUCCCCACUCAGACAUGGACAACUGCACCCCCCACUCAAAAGCCUACACCAUUGGGAGAGGUUAGCUCCUGCCCAUUUCCACUCGACAAGCUGGUAGACUUCUUUAAGAACGCGAAGACACUCCUUCAGCAGAUCCUUGGAGUGAACACAGCUUGA